UAUUUGAUAACAUGUAGCAUUUUUCUAACAUCUGAAGGUAACAUAGUUACUUGAUUGUGCCUGGAAAACACGAUACUGCCCCUUUGAAAAGAAAGCUGUCAGAUUAACAGUCCAUCGUGAUUUCAUCAAAGCGUUGACUCAACAAUCUCCAUCCGUCAGGAUUUGGCCCAGAAGCUGAUAUCAACAUGAUGAACCAAGGCUAACUACAAAAGUCCAAAAUGUGGAUAUUAAUGCUUCACACGAACUCGAUGUCAUUCUGUAAAUAGGGGAUUUUUAAAAAUGAUUAUUAUUUCUAAAAUAUAUAUUACUGAGCUCCAGUAACCACAGAAGAAAGAUAAAUAAAUAAAUCUAACACAGUUUACGAAAAACAAACUUUCUGUCAACGUUUGACCAUUUGGAGUGUUUUCCUCUGGAGGAUCUUCUCGCUCCCUUUCAUUUCACUUUGUCAUGUGCUGUGACAGUUGCCACCUGCCUGUCGAGCACUUUGCGUCAGACACAGCCACUUUGUCAUCGCUGAGCCACAAUGCUUCUGCUGUCUGACAUUCUGAGGGGAGGUGGUUGGUUUUUUUUCUUCUCUUUUUGUCGUCUCUGCCUCCUUGUGAGUAAUUGGUAAAUUUGUGAUUUUCUUCAUUCACAGAUUGCUUUCUGCACGAUGUAACACAGAGUUCAGAUAACGUGGGAUGCCUGGAUCCACCUGUGGCGUUUGAGAGCACAUAAAACAUUCCUCUGGUUGCGUGUGGAAGGCCUUUUAAUAAUUAUUUUUCUUCGAAUGCCUUUAGCUAAAUAAAUGUUUCGCGCCUUUUUAGAGAGAAUCCAAUCCAAAGUUCACGGUUUGCUGCAGCUCCAUAAAGUUUGCGAACCUCCGGUGGGUGUUUCGUUUCAUCACAUAGAUUACAUAUCCAGGUUUUGUAUUUUGUGAUCCACGUCUACAGAUGUCCUGCUGACACUUCCUGUUUCGCGUCAGUGUCCGUGACCCUUGAGCUGGUUGUAUGCGACAAUAGAAACAAAGCUGAGCACAACCGUGACGAUGUCGCGUUUGUUUAGUGAAACGUUUUAAUCAGAAUCUGAAAAGUGCGGCGUGCUUUUGACGCCAGUGCUGUGCAGAACCGCACACGGCGGCGAGUCUUUUCAGGUACGUCUCGAGUUAGCAGGAACCAGUCGGGGCUGAUUAAAAGAACCAGAAGACACUGACGUUCGAAGACUUUCCAUAGAUUCUGAGAUUAAGACCUGGACUUUAGCUAGGCCAUUCUGACACAUGCAUGUGCCUUGAUCUGAUCCAUUCGACUGCAUCUCUGGCUUUAUGCUUCAUGUUGUUUUACCUCUGGGAGAAUAAACCUUCACCCCGAGCUGAACUCCCUUUAAUUUCUAAAAAGAGUGAUAUAAAUUUGAGCUACUAAAUAGUUUUGUUAAGGAUUUUUCAGUUCAGUAACUAAAUACAGAGAUAUUAAAGGCUGACUUAUCUACAGUGAGUUAAGAUUUUAAUAAAGGAUUCUGCAGUUAAAAAGUUUAAAAUUGGUUAUCUUUAAAAACCAUACAGUUUAUUUGUAUAUGAAUUACCAAUUGUAUCAAAAUGCUUGAAUGUUUAUUUGAUGUGGUUCAGGGAAACCUGAAAGAACAAGUGUACUUUAAUUGCUUGGAGAGCUGUUCAUUAAGGUAAGGUGAAAAACACCGGAAAUUGCUUUGUCUUCAAAAUAAAAGCGCAACAUUUCUCACACCAUUUCUAUCCAAAUGAAAGUAUCUCGGUCUUUUUUUUUUUUUAAUAAAUAAAAUAAAACAAUAGUCCUGUGUGAGGGAAAUUAAAAAGCUUUCCACUUGAAUAUGGUAUCUUUGGACGUCUGUUUAACACUGGUAGUACAGUGGGAGCUUUAUUCAGACGCUAUGAGCGGAUACUGGUUUCACUAGACGAUGGACUUGACACUCGUGACAAAAUCAGCUGUGCGCGCCGUGGUACCCGCACAUCCAGCAGCACAUCCCGUUGAUAACUGGGAGUCGACGAGGGAGAGAGAACACCAAGUGGAUCCACAGGCGUUAUAAUCAUAACGCAACUGGAAAAGGAAAAAGAAGAAAAUCUUCCAGGGAAAGGGGGAGUUUUGUAUUCCACAGAGGGGGGAAAAAAUGGGACAUUUGGGGAAUUCAUCCAGUCUCCGGUCUCCAGUCGUCUCCACAUUAAAGUGGAGCGGAGCUCUCGGGCGCGCUGCCGGACCUCUGCUGCGCCUCGGCGCGCUCCGCGAAGCAUCAACCCCACAAUGAUAGCAGCUCGGCUCUAACUAUGGGCGCGCACAUCCUGGAGUCCAACUCCAGCGCCAACCUGACGCCCGCGGUGUCCGAGGCUGGGAUCGUGCUGCCGGGCUACCUGGUGGUGAUCUUCUCGGUCCUCAUGGUGACUCUGGUGAUCGUGGUGGUGGCCGGGAACGCGCUGGUCAUCAUGGCUUUUAUCGUGGAUAAAACUCUGAGGAAUCAGAGCAAUUACUUCUUUCUGAACCUCGCCAUCUCCGAUUUUCUCGUGGGUGCUUUCUGCAUCCCAGUGUACAUCCCCUACAACCUGACUGGCAGGUGGAUGCUGGGGAAGGGGCUCUGCAAAGUCUGGCUGGUCAUGGACUACCUGCUCUGCUCCGCCUCUGUCUUCAACAUUGUCCUCAUUAGUUAUGACCGCUUCCUGUCAGUCACCAGGGCAGUUAAAUACAGAGCGCAGAGGAACAUCACCCGCCAGGCGGUGCUGAAGAUGGUGGCGGUCUGGCUGCUGGCGUUCCUCCUUUACGGCCCCGCGAUCAUCUUCUGGGAGGCCAUCGUGGGCCAGAGCGUAGUCCCGGCCCACGAGUGCUACGCAGAGUUUUAUUUCACUUGGUACUUCCUGCUCAGCGCUUCGACCUUCGAGUUCUUCACACCGUUCGUGUCGGUGGCCUUCUUCAACCUCAGCAUCUACCUUAACAUCCACCGGAGGAACAAGAGCGGGAACGGCGGUGCCGAGGACGAGGCCAAGCCGCAGAGGAAGCCCAAGAAGCACAGAGACGGCGCGGGGGCCUGGUCCGUGUUUUUCGUCAAGACUCGGAAGGUGACCUCCAGCGAGCCUGCUGCUAUCUCGGCGGUCAUAGAGGACGAUGACAUUCUGUCGCCCUCCUCCAGCGGCUGCCCUGACACCAGUCAGAUUUUUGUGCAGAGGGAGAAGUUCUCUCCUCACCGGAAAAACUCCAGGCUGUUUCAGCACACGGCUUCCUGCAUGGCGCCGGGCCGGAGAGCUCCCGGAUCCCGCCUUUCCCGAGACAAAAAGAUCGCCAAGUCGCUGGCUAUCAUCGUCUGUAUUUUUGGGAUAUGCUGGGCUCCGUACACUCUGCUCAUGAUCAUCCGCGCCGCCUGUGGCGGCGAAUGUGUGGCGCACUACUGGUAUGAGAUCACGUUCUGGCUCCUGUGGCUGAACUCGGCCAUCAAUCCGUUCCUGUACCCUUUGUGCCACAGCAGCUUCCGAAGAGCUUUCUCUAAGAUACUGUGUCCUAAGAGGCAGUCGGUGCAGCCUCAAAUCGAGGUUCAGUCUUGCUAGAUGAACUCAGCUGCACAGCCAUAUUUGAAGAAUGCAGUUAGUGUUUGAUGGUCAUACACUGUAAAAACUCAUACAAUGUUCUUCCACGAAAAAAAGGUUUCAAACCAAGAAGGCGUGUUUGCAUUUAAAGGGAUAGUUUGGCUCUUACCCUUGAAUAGGCAGGUGUCGUAUCUAUUGGUGGGUGACAUGGACUUAAAAUUUUAUCACGAUAUUUUGUGAUACUAUUGCAAUAAUGAUGCAAGGUAUUACAGGGCACUGCGUAGCUGUGACUGCAUGACACAUCAGUUGUAUUUCCACAAUGCAAACGCUGCUUUUGAAAAACCAUUUUUAAUGCGCUUCUUUAGGAUACCAGUCGCUAAACUUCACACAACUGCUUAAUUUUUUCAAAUUUAUUGACAUUUGUUGACACUCUCUCAUCAGACAAACAGUAUAGAAAAUAGUGAAUUUAACAAUCUGACAAUAGAGACAGCUUGGUUUUUUUUCUUAAGCAUCAUUAAUUGGAAUUUGUCAUGACGACAAAUCAAAAUGCUUAUAAAUAAUUUAUCAUGGUGAAAGACGAACGAUGCGCUAGAUGCACACCUCUUGUCAUAUUGUGAAGAAAUCCUAAAAGUAAUGAACGGCUAACAGCUAAUCUGACCCGCUUGCUAUUUCAGCCGUAGUUACCAAUUUAAAACGACUCAAACCAAAAAUAACAUUUCUACAGGAUACAGCACGAGAUUAGUGGAUAUUGCAUGUGUAUAUUUUUUCAGGAGACCGUUGGUUGCUGUUUAAUUAGCUGAACAUCUUCUGUGUAAUUACGCUAAAGCUACGUUAGCAUAAACUGCUGGCUGUUUCCCUUCUCACCAGCCGCGUACUGUCCGUUUGCUUUUUUCUCUGUCGAGGGGAAAGUAACGUUUUGGAUUAUCUGUCUGGCUGUUUUGUGCAACUACUGUAUAUCACAACAGUUUCAAAUUUAUAUAAGUGUCCGGAGUAACAACGACAUUGCCUAUAGCUAGGAAAACAGCACCGAACCUAAGGUUGAUAUCGGCUAGUACCGUGUUGUAUCCCACGGACAAGAGUUGAUUUUAGUUUGAGCUCUUUUAACUCAUCCAGAACCAACUGAGCCGUGUUGUUAUUUGUAACAGUUUCCUUUCCUGUGACAGAAAAAUGUCAAAUUGCAACAACUUUGUCGAGAACCGGAUUCUUCAUCGCAAAGGAAGGUUAUUAGUUAGUAAAGCGCGACUGCUUUAUUGCUAUUAUUUUUGUCUUUCCUUCCCGAACUGCCUCAAACUUUUUAUGAUAAAUCUUUGUUCAAUAGGGAAAGAAACUGCUGUGAACAACAACCUUGCUGCAUUUCAAGGCACCCAAGCUAUCCCUUUAAGCGAGAAUUGCCAGGACACAUUUGACAGCAAUACGACGAUGCAGAACAGUCUGGAACAUGUUGAUAACGCCGGAGUAGUGGAGUGGAGUCCCACUGAAUCUGCAUCAGUAGGUAUAAUUUGUCUUGAUGAGAGUGCCCUCAAGAGCCAGUGUCGCAUCUUUUAUUUAAGCGCUGCAAAACGUUGGUUUCAAAAUGUAUGUAAACCUUCAGUGUAACCAGAUCGAGAUGGAUUAAUGUGGUUUGGGCUUCGGGAACUUAAUGUGCUAAAAAGCUGUGAGGUGAUGAUUUAUGUAGCCAGGUAGUCGGUGAUUACCAUCAUUAGUCCAGGUUAUUACAUUAGGCCUCCUGUGCAGCACAUAAAAAUGAUAAAUUGGUGUCUGUCUGAAUAGAAGCAACCAGAAAGACUUAGACGUCGUCUUUUUUUUUUUCUUUUAAGACGGAAAACCUCUCAUUUGUGUCAGGCUAAUAAGAAAUAAGGACGUAAGGGUUUUUUAAUGAUUUACAACUCUGGCUGCAAAACGCCUCCUUUUUCCUUUACCUUCUCGAAUCCAUAGACGAGAAAUCUCUAGCAUAUGCCUUCAAAAAGCCAAUUUAAGCUUUUCAUCGUGCAGCAAUAGAAUUACUAAUGCUCAAGUCCUCAAACAUCAAAGCACAAGAGGAACCGACUGCUGGCUGUCUUUUCUAUCGCUCGUCUUACGUUGCCUACACUACGUUUAUAUUUAAAUGAAGCUGUUGUUGAUGUCAAUAAUGUCACGAUGAAAUGGAAAAACAAGAUUAAACCCUUUGUUCACUCAGACCUGUUCAAGACAAACCUUUGCCUCGUCGCAUAGAGUGAGACCUAAAUGUCAGAUACUGCUAAUAUCGUGGAGACUCGUGUCUGGGGACUGCGGGAUGUUUUGCUCUGAUAUAGAGCGUGUGGCUCUCUGGACCCAAUAGACGAUGACUCAUCUUGAAGUUUUGUCUGUUUUGCUGAAUAAUAAGGAAUCCUUUGUGUGUGACCUGUUGGUUUUUCUCUAAAUCUGGCCAGAGGUUAACAGACAAUCAUCAUGGUUGUAAAUAUCAUCUUCGUUUUGAGCUUUUAGUGAUUUAUGUAAACAGUUUUUGCUUUAAGGUUGGAAUGAAGACACAACUUCAAACAUUUCUUGAGAACAAGUGGUAUUUAAUCCACACAGACGAGUCUGUGUUUGUUUCGACUCCAGUCAGAUUGAGGGUCUAGGUAAUCUUUAUAAAAAUGCCAACAUGUUUCUUUUGAAGCAGUACCAACGUUUUGAAGCAUCCUCAGGCCAUUAGGGCACUCCUUCAUGUCAAUGAAUGGGCAGAAUCCCAACUCAAAUCAACUAAUCUGUAAUACAGGAUCUAAUCUGUAGACGACGCUACAGGUUAGGGUGAUGGCAAGGAGGUCUUUCAACCUCAGAGACUUGCAGCUCAUCACCAAAGAUAAAUGGUCAAAUUACCAACAGAAACAUCCGUAAAGCUGCCCGGCAGCUGUCAACUAGAAUUUUCACAUCACAUUUUUAAAUUACGCAAUAAAAUUGGAUUUUCUAAUAUCGUUUUGUGUUUUUAGAAAUGUCUGUCAUUCCCCAUCACAGACAUCUUGAAUGAAAAAAAAUGUAUUUUUUUUAACCAGCAUGUCCAAGGGUAUUCACAUUCACUCUUGGUACUAUUUGAUCAAAUAUCCCUUAGCAUCCACAUGCCUUUUGGUUUCCAUCAACAAACUGUUUAUGGCUCUAGCUGGAUAUUUGAGCGCCGUUUCCAGCGGUAUUGAUAAAGUUUUUACAAGUUUUGCCAUGCCUGGCUUUUAUUUCCUUCAGAUUUCUAACAAAGCUGAGGUCAGGGCUUGAUGUUUCCUGUUUUAGCCAUACCUAAACUCAUUUUGACGUAGGUUUGGGAUCAUUGUCCUACUAAAACAACCAGACUGAGUCAACGUUUCUACUGUCUCGUCUUGAUGCCAAACAGGAUUUAAAGAUAAAGAUGAAAUUUUUUUUUGUCUUUCUCCUUAGUCCAGCCACUUUCUGUAACCACUGUGGGCAAAACAGUCCCACAGCAUGAGGCCAGCAUUGUGCAUGACGGUACCGUAUUCUUCAAUUUGAAAGAAUCGCAUUGAGUUUUGCAGACAUUCACUUUCCCCCUCUCCCUGGAAGCCUAGUAGCUCAUUCUCAGUCUUUGCCUGGUCAUAAAACUUUUCUCUAGAAGCUCAGUUCUAUCAACUCUCUUUGGAGCAGGGGUUUAUUGUCUGGUCAGCACAUUCUCUCACUCCAUGGCAACAUAAAGGUUGUUUCACUUCUGCUGCCUUUCCUCUGUUUGCAAAUUACAACAAACUUGAGCUUUUGUGGUGCUCCCCAUUUUCUGGAUAAUUUAUUUUAUUAUUUUUAUUUUUUUUACCAUUUAUUUUAUCUGACGGUGACAUUUUGUACAAUAUUUGUUAAAACUUGAUCACAUUUAGGUCUUCCAACAUACCAAUAAUCCCAAACAAACAAUCUGGUUUUACAGCUGUUAAAGUGGGCUGACAUUUAGCUUUUGAAUGGGCCUUUUUAAUAUCACAUACUCUAUUGUAAAAACAACCAGUUGAAAUUAACUACUAAUCCAGAUUAUUUCCAUGCUAAAUUUUGCAAGAAAUCUAAGAAAAUAUGCAAUUUAUUGAUUGUUCUUUGCUGUGGCAAUACCUAUUGGGAACAAAUGCUGUCCUGUUAGAAAGUCUUUUUUUAUUAUUAUUUGGAUGGUGCCACGCUUCAAUGAAAAUGCAUUUGUGGUCUGAGUGAAAGAACAAUCCAAUCCUGUCUGCUUAUGCCAAAGAGAUUAUUCUGCUGCUAACACUAUUUUAAAAGACAGCGUUUGCUCCGUUGGUAAGACGAUGUCUGCCAAUAGUUCCUGAGUCUCAUCUCGAUGUGGUUUUGCACUGCGAUUUCCUCCAGUGAUAACAAACCUUGUUUUUCACCCACACUGUCGCACCGCUGCCUCCACCAGCAGCUGUUUGGCUUCGGAAGAGAGGAUUUGGACACAAUCGACUCUGCCGCUCAACAUAAAAAGGCAUUCUCUUACAAAUCUGUAACACCAUUUCCGAUUUUCAAGCUCUAUUCCCAAAUCUGUGUUGUUCCAAUAGAGAAAUAAUCAACCAAAUUAAAAUUCCCUCAUCCUUUGUGCUUAAGUUAAAUAAUUAAACCUGUAUUUAUACAGUUUUUCUCAGUUUAUGACAGCGUAGAGAUUUUAGUCUUCACCAUGUGCCAUGUCUGUUCCUGUUUAUAAAUAUCACUGAAGCUGUUUGGUGGGUAAUCAUUUCAUUCUGGAAAUGAAAAUGCUUUAUGCAUCCUUGAGAGAGCAAAAUUAAUGUGAAACAUUCAUAUUAUUGAGGAGUGAAUGGAUAAUUUUGACCCUGAAUGUCCAAUUCACUAAAGACCAUCUGGCUCAAAUUUGAUGCACCACCAUUUGUUCAAAAGGCUUCAUAUUUGAGAUAACUCGUAUUUAAAACGUACUGUCUGUCUUCGGCCUUUAUCGGACCUGCCGAUUGAGUUGCUUCUCUUCUCUGGACUUUUUAUAUAUUAUGCAACAACGUCGGGGUUGAAAUUCUUCAUAUCCAUACCAACUCAGUUAAGCCGAAAUGUUAAAAUAACCAGCUUACAGGAAAGAUUUGAAGCCACAUGUUUUAUAUUUUUGUUCAAAAGCUAUACUGGAUCUUUAAAGCUGAAUUUUAAUUUUAAUUUCGUUUAGGUAUGAUGCUCAAGUUCAGAAGUAAAUUUGGUUCUCUUACAAGAAGAUAAACAAGUCAAACGAGUUCCAGCGAAUAAAGUCGUCUCUCAUGCAAUAUGACGUCCAUUUUAUUUUCUUAUUCUGAUUUCCUAUUUUUGAAAUGCAUUUCUUUGACAGCCUGUCACUUUAAGAAAGAAAUCUCUACCCACAUUUGGCAAACACACACAUCCACAUCUGUCACACACACACACACACACACCCAACCAGUCAAAACGUCAUGCUGCUGAUCUUCAUAGAGCUCAAUGUUUUCCAUGGCAUUUAAAAAAAGCAACACAUUUUUCGCUUUCACAUUUAUUUCCUAAAAAUAUUUGAGGGGCAAGCAAAUCCCCACACGGCGACGUGACAGCGGCGACUCACAACCACCCAGCAGGACAGCAGUGAAAAAUCACACAAAUUGGUGAGAAGUGGCUGAAGGAACAUUCGGCACCUAAACCCCACAGAUAGGAUCUCGAUGGGGUCAGAUGCCACUCGUGUGAUGAAGGCCCAGUUCCCAAAACAACAACAACAAAAAAUCCCUGACCUAAAACCCCCAGAGACCAGAGGAAAUCACGUUCAUGUUGCAGUGCCAGACACUCCAGGACGCCCCCGCAUGUUUUCUGUCCAUACCUUCACGAGUCUCGACUGUUUAUGGGAGAGCCACUAAAUAUUAUGUGAGUGGCCAGAAAGGCAUCCAAGUUUCUCCGUGUUUGUAGCACCAAAAAAAUACUGACCUGAAUUUGGAUUUAGGAGUUGCAUCUGUAGAGAUAGGCUGGAAAAAAAUAAAAACAUUUGCACUGAUACUGGCUAGAUUUGGAGCCCAGCGUGCGGUGAAGGAAGUAUUUUGAAAUGCUCUUGAAAUAUUGAGUCAGAUUACAAAAUCGGAUAUAACGAUGUCAGGAGGGCACUUAAAACGCCAGAAAACUCAGCAUGGGUUGUCAUGAAGCAUGAAUAUUCAUGCUGCCUCGGUUACUUUCUCUACAAAAGAACAGAGAGAGCUUGGUUACUUGAAAAGGACAAACAAAAAGAGGGUGAAUAUAAUUUGUUCACGUAGACGAAAAUAAAUUAAAAAAAAAUAGAAAGAUUAGAUAAGACGCAGAUUUGCUCGCCUUAUCUUACUCAAAGACAAAUCGGUGAAAGGCAAAUAUUUGUGUUGCAUCUUCACUGCUGCCGAAACAUGCCGAGAAAGAAAAAUGUAAAGACUUUACAGCAUAUCUAAACCUUACUUCAUAUCCGUCUUUAGUUAGUUUGUUUGGGUCCGCAGAUUAAAGGGGUGUUAUCAUGUAUUCUCCAGGCUCAUAGUGUCAUUUAAUAGCACAAUCAAGUAACUAUGUUACCUUAAGUUGUUAUAUAAAUUGUGUGUAUAUCAAAAAUAAUUUAAGGGAAAUUUGACUCUUUGAGUUUGGCUUUUGUCUCUUUAAGAAGCUCCUACGCUUUCCGAGGCUCCACCUUCAUCACGCCAUCGCAACAGUUCUUCUCAUUAAGCUGUCAACAACCAUUUGAAGUAGUUUAUGCGAGUAGCUCAGCAGACGCGCAGGUCCUCCAGGUGUUUGCUAAUUGCUGCUGCCGCUAGUCUGGAGGAGCUGAAUGGGGGAGCGGUGGGAGAGGGGAGCUCUGUGAGGCGGACGCUCCAAGGAGGAGCUCCGUGGAAAUGGGUGGCGCUCAGUGGGAGCAAGCGUUUUGUGCAGCUGAAUGGAGACUCAAGGAUUCCUUAGACGUGCGUGAAAGCAUCAAACCGACUCUUCAGGUUUUUGACGAGGGAACAACAUCAGAACAUGAUAUGUAAAACUCUACUUUACAUAAUGCUUCUCCUCCCUUUUGAAGAAAGUGAAAACACAUUAGAUCAAACAUGGAGACUCAAAUCUUCAGGCUGUCAUGAUUGUGACCCAGUGAGACUCCAGCGCAGGCAACAAUCAUGGACACCAAGAGACAGCUUGACAGGUUAAUUGGUAAAACGUGUACAGUGAGAUGAUUCUUACAGGUUGACGGCUGCAGCGCAGGACAGCAUUAGGAGGGGGAGGUAAAAGGCGUCUGAGAUCUGAGAUGACUCAGAUUGAUUUUGGAAUUAGAUGGG